AUGGAGCGGGCUGAGGGCCGGCCCGGCGCCCCCCAGUAUGUGCAUGUGCAGCUGCAGGGGGGCGCGCCCUGGGGCUUCACGCUGCGCGGCGGGCUAGAGCACGGCGAGCCCCUCAUCGUCUCCAAGGUGGAGGAUGGGGGCAAGGCUGCACUGUCCCGCCGGCUGCAGCCAGGUGAUGAGCUGGUGAACAUCAGCGGGACCCCACUGUACGGAUCCCGCCAGGAGGCCCUCAUCCUCAUCAAGGGCUCCUACCGCACUCUGAAGAUGGUUGUUCGCAGGUUGGCAGUGCUGUGGAAGGGACACAGGGAGGGCCAGUGGGGCUUCACCUGCCUGGGGGACUGGCAGGAACCUGGAGGUGCCCCUUGCUGGGACAGGCCCCUCCAACUGCAUCCAUUCCCUGGCUGCAUCCUGACUGAGUCCAGCUCCAGCAGCACUCAGGGGCAGGGACGGCGCAAGGGCACUGCCCAAGGGGCAGGGAUCCCACGGGACUGUGCUGGGGCUCAGCAUCAUCCAUGGAGGAGCGUGCCCGUCUUCCGGCCCCAUUCCUGGCAUGUGGCCAAACUUGCCGAAAGCCGCCCAGACGUCCCCACCAUGCACUGCCCGGCUGAUGCCUUCAGCUUCUCCUGGCCUUCGGGGUGUGAUGUCAGCACUGACCGGAGCAGCUCCAUCGGGAGCAUGGAGAGCCUGGACCAUCCCAGCCAGGCCUGCUAUGAAGGAGACCCCUCACCCGUUGACCAGGGCAUGUACCACAGUAAGCGGGACUCGGCCUACAGCUCCUUCUCUGCCAGCUCCAUUGCCUCUGACUGCGCCCUCUCUCUCCGUCCUGAAGAGGCCGUGUCCGUUGAUUCCAGCCUCCAAGGCCCCCGCAAAGCCCCUGACAGGCACUACCUGACCACAGGAGCUGAGCCAUCUGCCAGCUGGCACCCUGAGGCCUGGCGGGCACCAGUGCCCCCCCAGCCCCCUGUCAGGAGGGACAGCCUGCGAGCAGCCCCAGCUGGCAGAGGGGACAAGUGCCAGGCCUCAAUGUCAGCGGAUAUGCUGCAUGCCAAGGGCCGGUGGAUCUCUGACACCUUCCUCUGCCAGCGGGAUGGGGAGGCAGAAAUAGUGGGCAGGAGGAAACUGGCGCCAUACCCCACAAAGGACUGUCUCUCUGCUGACCAGUAUUACAUGCUGAGCUCCCACCCGGACCGUUGCCCAGCUGAGCCACUCCUGGGGGAGAGCAUGGAGUCUGACAACCAGCCAUACGUGGAUGACAGCAUGCACCAAGUGCCUGAUGCCACAACAGCAGGUGACAACCCAUUGCUGUCCCCUCUCAAGGGCCACGUGUCGCACCGUCACAGUGCUCCCGAGCAACUGCUGGCCUCCCAGUUCCGCUCUCUCCAACUGGGCACCAACAGUGGGCGAGCCUCUCCAGCCCCCAGUGGGCAACACUGGACCUUGUCUCCGCUGCAUCCUGAGGGCAGCCGAGGGGGAACCACAGGGGCUGCCCAGGAUCCCCCGCACUGCCCAGAGCCUGGCUGCCGCCCACCGCCCUGCCACUGCUGCCCUGAGCUGCAGCAAGCCUGCGGGCAGGAUGGCCGGGGGGCAAGCCCAGUACUCAGCACUGAGGGGCCAGUGGAGGAGGAGAGCCGUGGAGGGGCCCGGCGGGCUGGGGGUCCUCCCCACCGCUCUGCUCAGAUGCGCCGCCGCAGCGACCGUUUUGCCACCAGCUUGCGCAACGAGAUCCAGCGGCGCAAGGCCCAGCUGCAGAAGAGCCGGGGUCCUGGUGCACCUCUGCCUGGUGAGGAGCCAGUGGAGGAAACUGAGGAGCCCCCAAAGGGCAGUGUACUGGCAGAGCGACAGCCUGCCCCGUCUGAGUGUCUCAGCCCCGCACCGAGUGAGGAGAGCAGGAACUCUGGCCGCUCUGCAGAUCGGGGCAUCCCCACUCCUGACCCAGCCCCUAAAGGGCCCUUGUCCCCUGAGCGGGUGGUGCCAACAGCCAGGGGCCGCUGGCGCUGGUCCCCGGAAAACAAGCUGCAGCCACAACACUCGCCCAGCCACAGUGAACUGGAGGGCUACGGCCAGGGCCCGGCGGCCUGCAGCUCCCCACCACCACGGGGCAGCGACGAAGCAGUCCUGCUGCCCUUUGCCGACCGCCGCCGGUUCUUUGAGGAGAGCAGCCGACUGGCACCACCCCGGCACAGCAAGCCGCCAGCAGGUGAUCCCAGCACCUUCCAGCCCCCUGGCCCUGAGCACCGGGAUGUCCGCCGCCUCUCUGUGGACCAGCCCUACAGCCCACCCUCACCCAGCCGCCCUGGCUCCGCUGGCCCCUAUGCUGAGUGCUGCCGGGAGCAGCCCCACUGCUACAAGCCACUGGGGAGGCCAGGGGAGCUGGAUUACCUGCGGGGCUUUUCCUACCCCUACGGGGUUCCCCUGCACCCUGAGCCCUGCCGCUACUGUGGAGGGGACCUGUGCCCGCCACCACGGCCCCGUGGCCACACAUGCCGCUGUCACCCUGUGUCCUGGGUGCGCUGCCCUGACUGCUGCUACCCAGCUACCCAUCCUGGGCGACAGGAGAGUGAUGCCUGGCCCCUCCGGAGAGCUUUCGUCCCAGAAUUUCCUCAGGGUGAGUGGGAACCACCUUCAAUCACCAGGAAAGUCAGCCAGUCCAUCAGUGAGCUCUCCAGCUGCCCACCCGGUUUCCCAAGGCUUGGCCCAUUCCACACCUGCCUUGAGAGCACCGAGCCAGAGUGGCCACCCUGCUACCGGGCCACAUCCACGCAUGACCUCUUGUGGGAUAGUGACCACCUGGCCCAGACCCCUGAGAGCCCCCCGGAUCCGCUGCACCGCCCACUAAGGGGCAGAGCCUUCUCUGAGAGCCAUCUCAACCUGGAACCUUCCAGCCCCUGGGGCUGUGACCAGAAGGACCUUUUCCGUGCCAAGCUGGACCCUCCCAGCAUCCCCAAAAAGAAGGGCCCUCCACCUCCCCGCCCACCUCCGCCCGACUGGGAGAAGUACAGACAGCGUCGGGCAUCCCAGCACCCGCCAGAUGGUGCUGGGCAUGGCUCUGCCUUCUCUGCUGCCCCAAUGCCAAUCCGCAGCAUUGCUGUGGCAGUGAGGGAGCGGUCACAGAGCCUCACUGGGGAGCAGAAAGGCCAGUCCUGGGGGCACACUGCUUGCCCCCCUGCUCUGUCAGGUGCCUGGCCCCGACCUGAGGCCCCCAGAUCACUCCGCAGGACUCCUGGGCCCGAUGCUGCCAACGCUGAAAUUUGCAGGGUGUCAGGAGCCGGGGAGAAGCGGACAAAGAUGAAGCGGUCUGGGGAGAUGGAGGAGCAGCCCCAAAGGCUCAUCCAGAACCAGGAGCAGGGCCGUGCCAGUCCCCGUGGGGUGGGUGAGUGCUCCCUGUCCCUGCAUUGUGGCUCUUGCCCUGCCAUGCCGGAGGCACUUAAGCCCAGUUCUGGGGCAGUGGAGGGGGUGAGCUGCCAGGGCAGCUGGCCCCAGCCCCGCUGCAUGGACUCUGAGGAACGACUGUGGGACGUGGCUGUCAGGGACCAUUCCCUGGCCAGUGUCCUCGCCCCCUUGGCUUCCCCUGGCACCACCAGUGAGGUGAUGGGUGAGCUGCUGGUGGCUGGGGAGCGACCGGCCUGGCGGAAGUGUCUCCAGCAGGACUGGCACCUGGAGGCCCUGGCACAGGACAGGCAAGGGUUUGAGCCCAUCUCGCUGCCUCCCAGGAGUGCUGCCAGCUCCAGCACCUUCCCAGUGCACUUUGGUGUUGCAGUGGGCAAAACUGAGCCACUCAACAAGGUAAAGGCACUGCCGGAGGUAGUGGAGGGGAGCUCGGAGGAUGAGGAGGAGGAGGUGGACCAUGAGCUGGUGGAAAAGAAGCUGCAGCUGAUCGAGAGUCUGAGCCGCAAGCUGGUGGUGCUGCAGGAGGCACAGCGGGGGCUGCAGGAGGACAUUAGUGCCAAUGGGGCACUGGGUGAAGAUGUGGCUGCUCGCCUGCAAGCCCUCUGCACCCCAGGGGAGUUCGACAAGUACCGCCUCUUCGUGGGUGACCUGGACAAGGUGGUCAACCUCCUGCUCUCCCUCUCGGGUCGCCUGGCCCGGGUGGAAAGUGCCCUGGGCAGCCUCGGGCCACACGCCCCUGCUGAGGACAAGCUGGCCCUGCGGGAGAAGCAGCGGCUGUUGGUGGCACAGCUGGAGGAUGCCAAAGAGCUGAAGGAGCAUGUGGGGCGGCGUGAGGAGGCAGUGGGUGCCAUGGUGGCACGGUACCUGCCCCCUGAGCACCUUCAGGACUACCAGCACUUCGUCAAGAUGAAGUCAGCCCUCAUUGCUGAGCAGAGAGAGCUGGAAGAGAAGAUCAAGCUGGGCCAGGAACAGCUCAGGUGCCUGCGUGAGAGCCUUGGCCAGGCCUCCAAGGACUGCUAGCCCCCCUACCCAGUCUCCCUCUGGGAUCCUGGCUGUGAUCCCAGAUUGCUACCAAAGAGGAUCCAGCCCCUUGUGGAUUCUCCCAGUGUCUGUUCAUCUGU